AUAAUUUAAAAAUUGAUGCCAUUAUUUAAUGUUAAUAUAUUUAUUUUUAUGGCGAGAAUGAUGAAGAUGUUUGUAUUUCUAUAGCUUUUAUAAUGUAGAUAAAAUAAAAGAAAUUAGUCAAUUUAAUCACUUUAAAUGCAUUCUGAAAAAAAAUGCUUAUUUUUAUGUAAAUUUAUUAUGAAAUACUAAAAUUUUUAAAUAUUUAAAGCACUUUUGAGUUUGCUUUACAACCAAUUUGAUAGCUCUUAUUAAUUAUACACUUUUGAAUUAUAUAAAAAUAAUAAGCAAAAUAAAUACUUUUUGGUUAUCUGUUAAUUUUUAAUUUAUUAUAAAAAUCUUUUGUUUUUUAAUUAUAGCCAGCCCUUUUUUAUUAUUUAUUUAUUUCUUAUCGAAAUUUAUAUUUUUGUUUUCUAUUCUCAAUUUUAAAUUAUUUACAAGGAUUUUUAUGUAGUUUGA